AUGCCAGACGUAGCUCAGCGAUCUUCCACCGCCUCGAAGCCCACCGCCGGCCUCGGUGGCGGUGACAAGGCGAAACACGCAAUGACCUCCACCUGGCCCUCGAAGGCGCAAGACCAACGCACAACCUCCGAACGCUUGCUCGCCAUGAUGGGCGUGGCCUCGUACUCGUCGCUCAAGACACCCACUCCAACCGAGCCUCCCGUCUAUCCAAAAGAUGCGCCUGUCCCCGUCUUUCCGCUCUGGAAGAUGUACCUCUUCGUCACACCCAGGGUCGCCGCUCCGCUCCUCGCCCACGCUGCAUUCCAAGCUCUCACGGGCAUCACCCUCAGCAGAGGCGCAGCAAUGGCAUUGUACAGUGUCAGCCUCAUCUUGAUCGGUAUCAGCUUUGUACAGUGGUGCAACCGCACCGCUCUCCAAUUCGGCACAUUCGACGCCCAGGCAGGCAGAGACGGUGUGCCCGACGUCGACACCUGGCACGUCGUGCGCGAGCUGCUCUUCAUCGCCAUCAGCCGGCCCCUCGUCGGCGUCUACUUUCUCUACCGUCCUGGAGAGUCGCUCCUCACCCUCAAGAGCGUCCUCAUGUUCCCGCUCAACAUGUUCAUCUACGCCGUCAUCCUCGACUUUUACUUUUACUGGUACCAUCGCCUCAUGCACGAGGUGGGCCUCCUCUGGCGCUUCCACCGCAAGCAUCACACCACCAAGCAUCCCAACGCUGCGCUCAGCGCAUUUGCCGAUCACGAGCAGGAGCUCUUUGAUGCGCUCUUCAUCCCCGCCCUCACGUGGUUCACCUGGCGCAUCGACUUUGCCACCUGGUUCGGCACCACCGUGUACAUCCUCUACGUCGAGGCCUUCGGUCACUCGGGCAUCCGCGCCUACUUCCAGAUCCCCACCACCUGGCCCCUCCGCUUCGUCGGCGCCGAGCUCUGCAUCGAGGAUCACGACCUCCACCACCGCCAGGGCUGGAAGAAGUCCGGCAACUACGGCAAGCAGACGCGUCUCUGGGACUCCAUCUUCGGCACUUGCAAGCCCAGGAUCGAGUCCACCCAGCAAAACAUCGACUGGAACCUCUCCACCCCGCCUCCCCUGCCCAACCAUUCCACAUAG